AGAAGUGUGCUAAGAGUAGGCCGCGAAACAUUUCUCUGAUUUUGGCUUCAAAAAUAAUUAUGAAAACCUAGCAAUUAUACUACAUCAGUUUCAGUUGUCAAGAAACUCGUCGGUCGUCACAGACCUCCUUGUGACUAGCAGCAAAAUGUCUCGCGGCAGCCCGUUUUCGUAGGAAGCCCUGCAGCUACAUUCCGUGCGACUCCGGUCUGCUAGACAGCUAGUAGCUUCGAUUGCAGCGACGUAUACCAGAUCUAGCGAGGCGCUCCUGCGAAGAUGGCCGGCAUCGGAGAUCAGGUCGGUGAGACCGUUCAGAAGUACCUGGUGGAAUUCUUCGAAAAGUUCGGGGCCGGAGAAGAUGGGAAGGGGUAAGAUACAAGAUCUGCUUUUGCCUACGUGGUGUUUUUGCAUAGAUAAAGAUGGACUCAGAUGAAUGUGAAGAUUCAAAAAUGUCCCGCCACAAUUAAAGAAAUCCCCCCGCCCACUUCCAAAAAGGUACUACUACGAGAAGGUGUGCGAGAUGGUGGACGAGCAGCAGAAAACGCUGUACCUGAACUACCAGCACCUGGACCAGAUUGACGACGCCAACAUGAACGAGGCCAGCGGGAAUCAAAACCCCAAUGCGUUGACGUUUGUGAUGAACGAUUUAAAAGAGGUCCUCCACUAUAAGUACUACGACGCCCGGAAGUACCUCGACCAAGCCGUGCCGCAGUUUAUGCGCUACGUCGGCGACAACGAGGAGAAGGUGGCAAAGUACGUGUCCGAGGGAAAAUCCCAGGCCUGGGUGCUGGCCGUUUUCAACUUUUCCACCAGGACGCCGCUGCGGGACCUGAACAUGAUGCACGCGGGCCAGUUGCGCGAAAUCAGUGGCACGGUGACCCGCACGACGGAAACGAAGCCCGAAUUGCUCGUCGGCUGCUUCGACUGCAGUAUAUGUUUUGAUACGAUGACAACUUCUCGAAGGGCUAAACAGCACGGAGAGCCGUUCUUCCAGAUUUGUAAUGCAAAACGCGCAAUCUUCCCGCUUUCGCUUUUGCUGUUUUAGCAUUACACAUUCACGUAAAUAAACCUCAGAUUCCUGCGGCACCGAGAUCACCAAUGUGGUGCAAGAGUUCAAAUACACCCUCCCCGUCCGCUGUACCCAGAACGAGUGCGGGAACAAAAGGUCUUUCACGUUGAAGCCCCAGGCCGAGGGCACGGAGUACGGGGACUGGCAGCGGGUCCGCAUUCAGGAGAGCGAGCACGACAUUCCGGCGGGCAGCAUGCCGCGCACGUUGGACGUGAUCGUGCGCGGGGAGCUGUGCGAGAACUGUAAAGCCGGGGACAAGAUCGCAAUUACCGGGUGCUUGAUCGUGGUUCCGGACGUGCCCAGCUUGAUGAAGCCGGGCGAGAUGAAGCAGAGCAUACGAAGAGACGUGAACCGGAGGCACCGAACGAACUACGUGGAGGGAAUCAAGGGGUUGAAAGACAUGGGCGCGCGGGAGUUGACAUACAAAGUCAUGUACAUUGCCUCCGUGAUCCGCACCGUGGACCAGGAUUACGAAACGCUCGGUAACGUGGACGAUCAAAAGGUCGCCGGGUUGAGACUGACACCAGAAGAGGCGGAGAGGAUGGCGGAAUUGUCGAAGCACGUACUUACAUACAAAAUUUUGAUGUCAACAAAAUAGCGACACCGUUGCCGCACUAAUCGUCGGUAGUGUCAUGUUGAUGUGUCAUGGGAUAAAUCGAGAACUGUAAAGGCUGAUUUUCUUAAAACUACAACACACGACAGACCAACAUCAAGGGCGAGCCAGACACGUUUGAUGUGCUCGCGCGGGCGAUCGCCCCCAACGUCCAUGGGCAGAUGUUCACGAAAAAGGGGCUGCUACUGCAGAUGAUCGGUGGCGUUGAGAAGAAGACACCCGAGGGGAUCAAGCUGCGGUCGGACAUCAACGUGUGCAUCGUCGGCGACCCAAGUACCGCGAAGAGCCAGUUUCUCAAGUACGUGGCGGGGUUCAUGCCGCGAAGCAUCUACACCAGCGGAAAAACCAGUACCGCAGCAGGUUUGACUGCGUCGGUAACAAGGGACGAAGAUGCGCGCGAUAUGGUCAUCGAGCCAGGAGCGUUGAUGCUCGCGGAUAAUGGUAAAAUGCAUUUGAUGAUGUUGAGAGUUACUUUGAUUCCAGGUUUUUCGAAGUCCUUGUGGUCUGAUGCACUGCGGAUAAGCAUACGAAUCUGCUGGACUUGGUGCCUUUCUGUAUGCAAAACGAAGAGAACAUGUUUAUCAUGCAAUAGGUAUCUGCUGCAUCGACGAGUUCGACAAGAUGGACCCGAAGGAUAUGUCUGCCAUUCACGAAGCGAUGGAACAGCAGACCAUUACCCUGGCCAAGGCGGGCAUCCACGCGACCCUCAACGCGAAAUGCUCGGUGCUCGCGGCGGCAAAUCCAACGAAGAACACGUAUAUGCUUCAAUACUUCGAUGCGAAUUGUGAGAGAUUCUUAUCUUUUGAGUCUCGUAGUAAUAUUCACAUGUGUAGUAUAUGAAUACGCGAUGUUCGUGGCGGGAUGGACCCUUGCUCGAACAUGACUUAUUAACACAGGUACGACACAAGCAAGGACUUGUUCGCCAAUGUGAGUAUGACGGCACCGAUUCUAUCGCGUUUCGACUUGUUCUUUUUGCUGCUCGACCGCCCGGAUGAUGAAGCCUUGGACCAGCAGAUCGCGCAACACAUUAUCAUGAUGCACGCUUGCUACGACGAGCCAGAGAAAGUUGAAACCACGGAGGACGAUGUCACGCAGGAGGAACUGAGAAAGUAUAUACUUAUGUAUGAGAUAGGGCCUCUUGUUCGUUCUUCCAAGUAUAGUCAGCUUGUAGUUCGACGGCACGGUGGUUGUACCCGCGUGCAGUGUCAUCUGUAGUUAUUUCAUGUAGAGACUAAAGAAAGUUUAGUGACAAAUCCCCACUCCCUCCCGCUUCGCAGGUACAUCCGGUCCGCCCAAACGUUGAAACCCGCGCUGAGCCAGGAAUCACGGCGCAUGCUGGUCCGCGCGUACAAGAAGCUCCGGCAGGAGACGCAGCGACGACCGGGCGCCUACAGUGUUACAGUCAGGCAGCUCGAGUCGCUCGUGCGAUUGUCUGAAGCCAUUGCGCGCGUCUACAUGGACACCCACGUGAAGACGCAGUAUGUGGAAGAGGCUUUUGAGUUGAUGAUGCAGUCCCAGGGCGAGGGGAUCGGUGGCGAGAUCGACUUAGAGCCGGAUGAGGAAGAGCAGGAGGAAAUUCGGAAAGAGCAAGAAGCUGCCGGGAAUGUACCGGAGGAGCAAAAAGACGGACCUUUACCGGCCGGCAAGGCGCCGAAGCCACGGCAGCGGGCGCUGGAAUUCGCGGAAUACAAGUAUGUCAAUACGGGCUUUUUCGAAAAUGCAUUUUGUUGUAUGUCUAUGCUCAUAACGUGAUCGUGUUGCUGUUGCUUGCUGAUAGUGAGUGUUUCCGUUUCGAACAAUUCGCGGUCCAAAAAAUCCGAACUACCAACAGGCAAAUCGUCUCCGUGUUGAUGUCAAAGCUGGAGGAGGUAGAAGUGGAAAACGAGGACGGCAUCGAGGAGGAGGACUUGAUUAUCAAAAGGAAAAAUCCCCCCUCCCCAUAUCAAAACGGAAAUUUGUAAUGCAGAUUUGUUGUCACAAAUCAGCUUUGUCAUGCUACACGGGAAAAGAUGCGGACUGUAGUGCUGGGUGGCGUGGCGAAGCCUUGCAUCUUCAGCAUGAGAGGAGGCAUCUGAGAGUGGGAAACAGCAUGACAAAUUGUCUGCAAACGAGGCAACGACUGCGGCUCUUGGCCUUCUAGCAUGACAAAUCGAUUUGUGACCUCAAAUACAGCAUCACAAAUUUCGUUUUCGAUAUGGGGAGGGGGGAUUUUUCCUUUCGAUAUUGAUCGGUUGGUAUUUGGAGCAGCUCGAGGACGAGAUCGAAAACGAGUCCCAGCUGGCGGUAUCAAAUGUAAAAAUGUCUGGGUCUGGAAGAAUGCAACUUGUCAUGCUAAAUCUGAAGCAUGCAAAAAUCUGUGUUGCAUGAUUAAGUACAAAAAGUCGUACAGUUUUGACCAAGUCGGGAGGGAGUUUCUCAUGCAGGAUAGGCAUGAAAGAGAUCGCACAGAAUCUGUCAUGCUAGGUCCUGCAUUCCAGGCUUCAUGGGUCUUGGAGAAGCUGCAUGACAAAUCGCGCAUUUUUCCAGACCCAGACAUUUUUGCAUUUGAUAGGCGGAAAGGGAAAACCAAACCCGGAUGAUCAUCCGGCGUAUGAUCAACAAGGAAAGGGUGAUUCUCAUUGCCGAGGAGAAUCCGGAGGACCCGCGGAGGCACAAACUGAAGAAACACCCGAACUUUACCAUGCUCAGCACCCGCGGCGGGCAGGCGCAUUUGCGAUAAAGUUUUUGGAGAAUGAAAAUUGUUAUUGUUGCGCAAAAAAUUUUCUCGUUUUAGCCAAAGCGCUGAAGCAAAGUUUUAUUUGAAGUAGCUCUAGAAUCGUGAGAAGAAGGAUAUACAUUUACCCGGAUGCCACGAAUCCAAUAUCAACAAACAAAGCAAAGCUUCACGCUCGCGGAAAGCGAGGCGGGUGGUUAGGUUUUUUUGGAAUCAUUGACAUUCCGUGGAGGUGCUGUUGUCACACUGCUCUUGAAUGAUUUUUCCUCUUUAUCAACAAAUCUAUUGUGCGCCAGAUUUCUCAUCUGGCAAGCAAGAUGCACUUGGAUGCGUCUACCUGAAUUUUUCCUCUGUGCAUGAGAACGAAAGUUCGCAUUUAUUUUGACUGAAAUCAUAAGUGUUUCAGUCGAGGAAACAUGAUGAAGUUUUUUAUGUCUGCAACUGUCGCUGAAGCGCAGGCGCACUGGUG